UCGCAGUCAGUUUCAUUAAAACGAAUUGGAAACCAAUUCAAUACGUCCGGCGAAACAAAUGGCACGGCGCACAAUGUCUGUCCUUCCUCAGUGGUCCUCUCGUAUUUUUUCAGUGGAGCUGGAUGGAGCACCCUUCUACUUUUCAACUCAAGAAAAGCACCGGGGAGAAGAGGUGCCCAGGGUGUUCAGAAAAAUACCAAACUAUGGAAGGUGUUACUCUCUCCUUGUCUGCAGCAGCGACAGAAUCAGACGUGCCAAGUUUUACGGGAAGCUGAAAGACAAAUUGUUGAGAGACUUGCCUCCAGAGUGUCAUUUGUCUCCCAUGUUCUCAUUCCUGCCAAAUGUCAAGGAUUCUGUCUUAAAGGGGUACUUUUUAAACGAUAAUUCUGUGAGCUCAUCCCCGACGGAGCGACUAUUGCGGGAUUUAAUACAGCGUGACCCAGUGCUUGUGUGUUCAUACUUGAGAGGUGAAGGCGGUCAACUGUGGACUCAGCAUCUGUGGUCUCAUGCAGACAGCCAAACGAUGGAAAUGUCAAAGGAUUACUAUGUGGUACCCUCAAAAGCGCCAGAAUAUCACCCAUCUACUCUCAACAUCAUCAACUCUGAUGUUUUCUACAGUUUUGAGGAGGCUUAUGAAGUUCUAAAACAGUGUGGUGACAUCAUCCCAGAGUCAAAGUCUGUGCUGGAGCUGCUGGCCAGCAGAGCGGAGGCCAGAAGUAAACCAGACUUCCCUGUUAUUGUCAUAGAGGGCCUGGAUGCCACAGGUAAAACCACACUGACUGAGUCUCUGAGGGAUACUCUUGGGGCCUGUCUUUUGCGGUCCCCUCCCCAGUGUCUGUCCCCCAUGAGGGCCCGCUUUGAUCGGGAGCCGCCCCUCAUCCGCAGGGCCUUCUACGCGCUGGGGAACUACAUCACAGCAGAUCAAAUAGGCCAGGAGGGCAUGAAGAGACCGGUCAUCGUUGACAGAUUCUGGCACAGCACAGCAGCGUAUGCCAUCGCCACAGCAGUGAGCGGUGCAGUGUGCAACCUGCCAGCGGAGGAUUCAGAAGUUUACCACUGGCCCAGCGACCUGCUCCAGCCCAGCCUGGUGGUCUUACUCACCCUGGACCCUGAGGAGAGGAAGAGAAGGCUGAGGAACAGAGCUCAAGGAGAGACUAAGGAGGAGCAAGAGCUGGACCACAACAAGCUUUUCAGACUCAAAGUGGAGAAGGCUUACCAGAGGAUCAGGGGCCCAGCAUGUGUCACUGUGGAUGCUAGUCCUUCUACAGACCAAGUGCUCCAAGAAGUGCUGCUUUUAAUUAGGGGCAAAUGCCACUUAUAAACAGUUCUCCAUCCUCCCUGCUGUCGGCCAAACAUCAAGUGGAUGUAGUACCUACAUUCACCACUGGGUGCCAGUAAGGUGUUGUCAAUGCACUAGUAGGAGGAAUGGUGGCCAGAUUUGACUGUGGAGAAGAGAUUCUUUUCAGAAUGAGUAAAGGUUGAAUGUCCAGGGGCCAAAAUAUAUGCUACAGUCAGAAAUACAGUACAUAUUCAUAGAGAUACACACACAUGCACAGAUUCGGACACACACACACACACAUACACACAGGGAAAGACAGUAUUGUCAAUAACAAGUGUGCACUUAACUGCUGUUGUGCCCUCUCAGAAAUCAGACAAAGUGUAGCUGCACUUAUUGACUACUACUUGUAUUCGGAACGACAUCAAGGAAAUUGAUAGACACAUUUAUAUAGCACCAGUCAGUGCUUAUAUAGGCAAAAUCCAAAUAAACAUAAUGAAAGAAUAGACUAAAAAGAAUAGAAUAAACGCAAUGAAAAGGAUCCAAUUUACACUGAAACAAAAUACUUUUAAUUUGUUAUAAAAAAUGUGUUUCAAAUUAAAAGAAAA